AUGAUUAUGCUUAUUAAAAAUUAUGGAAUUUAUAAAAGAUUUAAUUCAUUGUUUAAUCAUUUGACUGAAAAAGAACAAAUAGAAAUUGAAGAUGCAGUUGUAUAUAUUAUGGAUAAAUUCAAUAAGGCCCUUAUUGAAUUGCACGGGAAAAUUCCUAAUUCUUUAUACAAUAAGAUUGAUGCAAGAUGGAAGGAUGUAAUGAAAAAAGAUAGAGAAUUUGUUGAAUAUACACUCAAGAAUCUUCAACUGGAGGUAACUAAGGAGCAACUAGAGGAUGUACUUAUGAAUUCUAAGUCAUCUUUUAGAUCAAAGAAGAGGUUGAUUAGAAUGCUUAUUGGAGAAACCCAAUCAGUCCAAAAAGAGACUAAAAUUUUGAUAAAGAAAUAUUUGGGUCUAAUUCCUAUUGAUGAGGAAAAAGAUGAGGAAGAGAAAUCAGAGACACUUAAAGAAGAAGAUCUUCUAGAUGAUGUACAAAUUGAAGAUCUACAACUUGAUGAAAUUUUGCUAGAUGACCAACUAGUGAACACACAGACUGAACUUGUGAUUAUUCCUAAUAAUGAUAUUGGUAAUGGUGAUGAUAUUGAUAAUGGCGUUGAUGCUAAUAUUGCUGAUAAUAUAGAUAUGAAACAUGUUAAUGUUCAAAUGACUGAAGAACAAGAACAAGAACAAGGACAAGAAGAGAGGAAAAUUGAAGAAGAAAAGAGCUCUUAUGAGCCAUCGGAUGAGCCACCAGUUAAUGCACCAACUACUGAUACACAACCACCACCAGUAAAGUCUAGUAAUGAAGAAAAUCAAAAAGAGAAGUUAGAAGAUAAAGACAAAGAAAAGGAAGAAAAAGAGAAAAUAGAGGACAAUGUGCCAAAAGUGACACCUUUGUCACUUGAUUCCAAAAAGAAAGUUGAUGAUGAAACUGACAAUGAUUCUAUAAUCAUACAAGGACCAUUGGACAUGGACAAUUUGAGUGCUACAGAAUUGAUGAACAUUGCAACAGUCAUGCAGUCUCAUUCACAAAAGAAGAGACUUUUGGAGCAGCAAAAGGAGGUAGAGACCAUACAAAAUGCAGUUGAAAUUUUGUCAAGUCUCCUACCAGAGACUGAUACAAACAAUUUUUCCACUCCUAUUGACAAGCUUAGACAACUUUAUUAUGAUGUUGGAGAGCAGAUGAAUUCUUUAGAAGAUGCAACUUAUAUGAGCGUUGAGAAGAAUUACAAGAAAAAAAGAACAGAGCAAUUAAUGACUGAAAUUGAUAUAGGGAAAGUUUCUCUCACUGUCAAUAAAGACUAUUUGAAAGAAGCACUUGAAAUCGGAGGUAAAAUCUAA